UGAGAAAAGUUGGCUUAAUGCAAAAGUCACCUCCAUUUUCUGCUGAUAGGUCCGGGGUCUAGGUCACAUUUUUUGGUUUGUGGUUGAUCCCUCAAGGAGGAGUUCAAAUCCGUACAGAGACAAAAUGUUAAGUAUUUUUUUCUAUUUGCUUUAAGUUUUCAUAGAAAACGAACUUUAGCUACUAUAUGGAAUCUGUGUCUCUUGUGUUCUCCAGGAAAUAGUGGCUCGGCUCACUGUUGUUCAACCGCUUCUCUAGGAGUUGUGUUGCUAAAUGAUUCAUGCUGCAACCAUCUCUGAAUUUUAGAAUACAUUCAUACCUUCUCUGGAUACAUAUAUCUAGGUAGAAGGAACGAUAUGAAAAAACCUUGUGGAUAAGGGUUUGAAAAAGGUGAAUUUGAGGUAGAUUAAAACCAGUUAUUCAAUACUCGUGCUGGUGGAAAUAGUAGGUACUUGGUGAAAUAGAUGAACAUGACAUUGAUCGUUAUGAAACAACAACAACAACAACAUACUCCAUACAAUUCUACUAGUGGGGUCUGGUGAUGGAUAGCUGUUUUUCAAAAAAAUUAUAAUUGAGGAAGCUUAUGAGUUAUGCUAAGUAUGUUUAUGUGCUUACUUGUCUUGUCCUUUAGUCAUGAAUUUCUUACAACAAUUGGCAUUAUUCUAGCAACUUCCUGAUUAGAAAGAAUUGUUAAAUUGGUAGAGAAUCAAUUUUCAUGUGGCCAACUAGCCAAAGCAAUUAACACUAACAAGCCAUUACUCAUGAAUUAAUCAUCUAUAAACCAUUAACUUUUUUUCCUUUCAAAUUCAAGAAAUACAAAUGUCUUUAGCUACCAUUUUCUUGUUCUUUCUCUUCUUUUCUGCUGUUGUUUCAUCCAAUGAGAAGACAUCAGCCUAUGAAGAGCUUCAACAGUAUGACUUCCCAAUUGGCAUUCUUCCUACAGGGGUGAUAGACUAUGAGUUGAACUCGAAAACAGGUGAGUUCUCGGCGUAUCUCAAUGGCUCAUGUAAGUUCAUGUUGAGUUCAUAUGAACUAUCUUAUAAACCUGUGAUAAAAGGCGUUAUAUCAAAAGGAAGGCUAAUGAAAUUGACUGGUGUUACUGUUAAAGUUGUAUUUCUAUGGGUUAACAUUGUUGAGGUUAGGAGAAAAGAUGACAAUCUCCAAUUCUCUGUUGGAUUUACUUCUGCAAAUUUUCCUAUUAAGAGCUUUGACAAAUGCCCUAGUUGUGAAUGUGGAUUGCAUUGUGUUAACGAGGGUGAUGGCGAGUUAAGGCAAAAGCUCCUCGUGUCUUCCUCGUAGACUACUCUACCAGUGGCGUACACAUAAUUUUAUGCAUAUAGUACUGUGUGUUGUUCUAUUCAAAAUUGAUGUUGCUUUGAGAAAUAUCCUCGUUGUAAAUGUGGAUUGUAUUGUGUUUUCGUUGGGCAAAAUCUUCUUGUGUCUUCCUUGUAGAGUUUAAUAGUGGCGUAUAUAGUAUUUUGUGCAAGCAGUAUCAUUUAAUGUUACAACUCCUCUAGUCACGGAGUUUAGUUCUGGGGCUAUUAGGCUCCAAAAACAAAAUAUAUUCGUGUUGAAAAAUUUCACUUUUAAAAGGUAAAACACAGCAUGCCAGAGAGGUUACCCAUCUCCAUUGGCAUAUGCACCAUAUUUCUUUUUAAAUUGUAAGAAUAAGCAAAGCAUUAUAUAAAUGAAAAUGUUUGUAUUUUUUGUUUGAUAGUA